AUGUACAUUUGGGUCGAGCAAGUUCAGGAAACCUGGAAGAGGUGUAGGCACGCGAAGCCGUCCAUGGACGACGAGGUGGUGGAGUCUGCGGUGUGCUGCCACGACGAGCGCGCAGCGGACGCGCUGGUGCUGCGAGAUCCCGGCACGCAGAACGCUGUGGUGGUGAAUCAGGCACCAAAGGGUUACACCAAGUCUUUGCGACAAGCGCCUGGGCAGCUAUCAAAGAAUGGUGCUCAAGCGAGCUUUGGGCUGGAGUAUGGCAUGGCCUUGGGCAAGAAGGUGGAGGCCUCCAAUGUGGUGUGCCUCAUGGACUUGCUGUGCCUCGUGCCCGUGGGAUGCUCCGCACAGUUGGUGGGUUUUUAUCAGCGUUUCUUAUCCUGUCAAGUGACCAAGUCCAACGAAGGGUACCGUAUCCACUUCGGAGCAGGAGACUUCCUUCGUCAGACCUUCACUUUCAAAGACGAUGAAGCGGCCAUUUGGUCUGGCUCGAGCUCCGCGAGCUCUGCGAGCCGCGAGGCGAGGGUUCGGUAUGUGUGCUUCUACGUGGCUUCGGCGGCCAAGUUCCGGAUUGCUUUCUCCAAGUGCUUCCAAGCUGGCUUGGUGAGCACCGAGUGGCAGGCGGUGGAACGCCUUGGCGAGUUUUCCUUCGACCGAUGCGUGGAUGCCAGCGGCGGCACCAUCCUGGAGCUGCGGCAUGUGAUCCGAUCCCCGUGCCAUGCAGACUGCGCGGUGACGCCGGUGGUGACUUGGAUUUCAGACGAGGAAGGUGUAGCAGCGUAG